GUACAGACAAAAUAAAUGUGGCUAAAAAGAUCAUUAACGAGAGAAAAACAUGUUCUGCUUCCCCGCACAGCGUACAAAAACAACCAAAAUGUCCGUAAUCCAAGAGUCGACUGCACCGCCGAGAAACGACCGGAAGGCGCCUUUUGCAACUUCGAUAUUAGUCUGCUGGGACCUUGUGCAUCUGACAGGGCAUGGGGGUUUGACAAUUUGGAGCCUUGCAUACUUGUCAAGAUGAAUAAGCUUUUGAACUGGAUACCCGAACCGUACACAAGCAAAGAUCUCCCGGACGACGCACCUGAGGAACUACGAACCUAUAUUCAGAAUUUAGAAGGCACUAAAAAGGACACAUCUUACACGUGGCUCUCGUGCAAGCCAGUAAAAGGGGACUGUAUAAUAGAUUACUACCCAGAGCGAGGUUUUCAUCAGGUGUACUUUCCAUUUGACAACAAGCCUGACUAUUUAUCCCCCCUCGUUGCCCUCAAGAUCAGCAACCUGACCGUCAAUCAAGACGUACACGUGGUCUGCACUCUGUGGGCGAAGAACAUCGUCCGCGAAGGCUACAAGAAGCAAUUGGGUGAGGUCAUCUUCGUCCUUUCGCCCGAUGAGUUCUGAGUCUCAUAACACCUGUGAUCCGGGAAACAUCGGAGAACUUUAAGAAACCAGAAAGAAACUGUGAUGAAGAAAGGUAUGAAAAUAAAGAAAGAAACAAACAUGCUAAGUGGAUUUGUUACCGUGACAGAAAUAUGAUUCACAUGCUUUUGUAAAUUACUGAAAAUAAAAGGUAAUAUUGCAA